AUGUUGUUCUAUUUGCAAAGUACAGACCCAAACGAAUACGGGACAGUAAAGCUACAAACAAACUUAGGUCUACAGAAUGAGGCGCUUGCAUUCAGAAUGGUUGACUUCAAUACUAUCGCUUCAUUCGUUAUAACAGAUGAAACAGAUUUCAUGGAGAUUGAAAUAGAUGGAAAGAAGCACAAAAUAAGAUUUCACAAUAAUGUAGAAUAUAAGAUGGAAACAUUAGCUGGAGUGUUAAAUGCUCUCAUAAAUACUACAAUAAACAAGGAUAACGAAGAAAACUUAAUGAAUGUUAAACUUAUUGCAGGAGUUUUGAAGUUCAGUUAUGCGAAGGAGUUUAAGAUACCAAGAAUGAGUCAUAGAGUACAACUUCUUUUGGGAGCAUACCAUAUGACAUUUCCUUUGAAAAGUGUUGACAAAACGAUUGAGAUGAAAUCUGUUCCAUACGUAUGUUAUGGCAAUUGUUUGUACAUUGAGUCAAAAAUAGCUAAUGUCACAGGUAUUUCAGGAGUUAAUAGUAAAGGUUCAGUAGAAUAUAAAUCCUUCUGUUAUGCAGUCAAUUCAAUGUUCAUUCCAAACGUUCCUGUCACAGCAACUCAUUUAGGUAA